AUGUUCACUAAAAUACCACAAGAAAAUGAAGCUGCAGUAAAGGUUAGUUACGUGUUGUCAGAGUUAAUUGCAAAACAUUCGAAACCGUUCACUGAAGUUUUUCAAAACAUUUCAUUAUCACGAAAUACGGUUGCUGAAAGAAUAACUGAACUAGCAUGCAAUUUGAGUAAUCAAAUUAAAAUUAAAAUACCUACAUUCGAGCAUUUUUCAAUUGCUUGUGAUGAAAGUACCGAUAUUGGUGGCACAGCUCAGUUAGCUGUGUUUUUUCGUGCUUGCGAUAUGGAAUUUAAUAUUUUUGAAGAGUUAUUGGAAAUUAUACCUAUGUUUGAUACUACUACAGGAGAGGAUGUAUUCGUUUCUGUUUUUGAACUCUUGAAAAAAUAUGAUUUACCUUUGGAAAAAUUAUCAUCUGUAGCUACAGAUGGAGCUCCUUCUAUGACUGGGAAAAAUAAGGGAUUCGUUGAAAGAUUACAAAAAAAAGCAAAUGAAAAUGUUGAACAUAAAUUUCAUAGGACACAUUGUAUUAUACAUCAAGAGGUGUUAUGUACAAAAGUUAUUAAUAUGGCACAUGUAAUAAGACCAGUAAAACAAAUGGUCAAUUUUAUAAGAUCCCGUGGUAUGAACCAAAGACAAUUUUCGAUGUUUUUAAACGAUUUAGAAAGCGAGUAUUCAGGUUUACCAUACUUUACAGAAGUACGAUGGUUAUCGUGCUCCACUGUAUUGGAAAGAUUCUGGAACUUAAGAGAUGCCAUACAAAUAUUUUUAGAGUCUAAAGAACAAGACGUCAGCGUUUUAUCGGAUCCAAUGUGGUUACAAGACCUAUCCUUCAUGGUCGAUAUAACGAAGCACUUAUCGAAUUUAAAUUUAAAAUUACAAGGGAAAAAUCAAAUUAUAACAGCCAUUAAUGACCAUGUUAAGGCUUUCAAAUGUAAAUUAGAUCUAUUUAAAACACAAUUACAAAACGAAGACUUAACGCAUUUCCCAGCAUGCAUGACACGCAGUCAAUGUUCCAACACGUAUACAAAUGGAACUGAUCGAGAUUCAAAAUGA